AUGCUCCCCUUCCAGGCCGCCGCAGGUCAGUUUGGUCCGGAGGUCCGUGCACCAGGCCUUCGUGUGUGGAGGGUGGAAAAGAUGAAGAGCGUCCCACUGCCACCCUCCGAGGUGGGGGUGUUCUUCAACGGUGAUUCUUACCUGGUGCUGGAGAACCGCGGAGAACUGGGAACCGAUCUUCACAUGUGGAUCGGCGAGAAGUCAUCACGCGAUGAGCAAGUGGCGUGUGCCAUGCUGGCCACCCAGCUUGACAAUUUCCUGGGCGGAGACCCCGUUCAGCACCGUCAGGUCCAGGGCUAUGAGUCCCCGGAGUUCAUGACGCUUUUCCCUAGAGGUGUCAGCUACAAGGAUGGCGGUGUGGAAUCCGGGUUCAGGAGACCUCAGGGCUCAGGGACGGCGGUGCAGCGCUGCUACCAGAUUAAAGGGAAACGCAACAUCCGCGCAAAGGAGGUGGAGCUGUCAUGGAAGAGCUUCAACAAGGGCGACUGCUUCAUCCUGGACCUCGGCGAGGUCAUCGUGUCCUGGACCGGAUCGCAGGCAAACGUCUUUGAGAAACAGAAAGUGCGGGAGAUCGCCUCUCUCAUCCGGGAUGCGGAAAGACACGGUAAAGCUCGCAUCGUGGACUCCAACGAAGGGGAGGAGCCUGCUGAAAUGCUUGAGGUUUUGGGACCCAAACCCGAGCUGGCCGAAAGCACGCCUGAGGAGGACAGCAAGGCCGACGCUUCAAACUCCGCCUCCCUUUACAAGGUGUCCGAUGCUACCGGCUCCAUGUCGCUGAGCAAAGUAGACGGUAAAAGCCCGUUUUCCAAGGAGCUGCUGCUUCGGGACGACUGCUUCAUCCUGGAUAACGGUGCUAACGGGAAGAUUUUCGUGUGGAAAGGGGUCGGCGCCAACGCUAAGGAGAAGCAGGCGGCCCUGCAGAUGGCGGACAAGUUCAUUGAGAAAAUGAACUACCCCAAGAUGAAAACCCAGGUGGAGAUCCUGCCACAGGGGAAGGAGACUGUCAUGUUCAAGCAGUUUUUCAAAAGCUGGAAUUAA